CUCACCGAGGCCAGAUAGCGAACUUUCUUCGUCACCCCACUGCGGACCACAGUCAGCGACCAGCACUUGACACUGCUUGUGCUCGUACCAUACGCGAGGUCCUUUUCCUUACUAAUUUCUUCUGCCCUAUGCGGUGCGUUCGCUCGACAAUGAAGCUUCUGCCAUUGCUGUGUUUCUUGGUCUAUGUUGGGUCCUCCACAGGACACAUCUACGAGCCAUGUCCUUCGGGCUGGAUGAGUUACGGCUCGUCCUGCUACCGAUACUUUGGUCAGAGGACCAACCAGAUCACGGCUGAGAAUAUCUGUCGGCAAUUCUCCGGCUGCAGCGGAGGCAUCGGGCACCUUGUGUCCACCAAUACCAGAGAAGAGAACGACUUCAUCUUCAACUACGUAAGGAGUAUCCGGCCCAACGCCCAAGUGCAACUGUGGCUGGGUGCCCGAAGGAUUCGCCAGACGAGCCGCUGGCUGUGGAGCGACGGCACCGAAAUAACACCGAACUCAUUCAACGCCUUCCCUGGCCAAAGCCUCCCGCAAGAGCAAGGCAGAAAUUGCAUGGGCUUUGUCGAGGCUUCGAUGCCGGAGUGGAGGCACGUCAACUGCGGAACCCAAGGCCCGAGCCUACCUUUCAUGUGUGAACUGAAAUCCAAUGCUCCCGAUCCGGCCACCUGUCCCUCCUUCACUCCAGGCGGUGCUAAUCCGAGAGCCCCGGGGCCGGUGCAAGCUCCCGUGCCCAUCCGCUUCAACAAGGCAGGAAACAUCGAGCAGCGUCGAACAGGUAGACCGUAGGGAACCUGGGACACAGUACAGAGAUGAGCACUUGCACCAGAUGCGUUUUACUCUGAUGGAAAAGGCUACUGAGUACAACUUAACAAAUAUCCAAACUAAACAAACACCCCCUUUGUGGCGACAUUCCCCUGUUUUUAAGAAACCCUUUUUAGCAGUGAUCGCCCUGAAAAGCCGCCAAUGUGAAGUUUUCAACCCGUCUAUGAACUUUGACCUCACAAGAACCGUUAAACUUAAAUAUCCGAAGAGCCAAAGAACGGACAUCCAUUCAUCAAGACUCUAGUCUGUAUUAUAAAAAUUGACUUUGUGUGUCGCACGUCGCAAUAAGAAAGUGCCAUUUGAACAGUUCUGUCGUCUGAGUUUAAUUGAAUCGUGAUCCACACGUCACAAAAAUGUAAAUGGGCUGUUUGAGUCGCAUUGGACGUAGCAGAAUAGAUUGAUUUGCGCGUUAUUUGUAGCGGUGCUGGUUAACAAAUGUUCAUGUGCAUUACUGACCAUACCAGGAGAACGACCGAUGGGCCCUAUUUAUGCCCUGAGCGAGUGAACGGGUAGAUGAAGUGCAAGCCGUCUGGGACUAGACUUGAUUCAAAUUCUGGAAAGGCCUGUUUAAGUCUAUGUCUUUUAACUCUGAGAGUUCAUAAUUCAUAACAGGGAGAACCGCUGAUAAGUGUGGAUUUGUAAAAUCAGUUUGUUUUUGCUUUUGACCCUACACUAAAUAUGUGGAUAUAAAAUAGACAAUAAAUGGGUGAGGAAAACAUUA